AUGCCCGCCCCGCGCUGCCGCUCCGGCCGCCCUCCCGUCCUGCUGCUGCUGCCGCUGCUGCUGCUGCUGCUGCUGCCCGGCUGGCCGGGGCCGCGGGCGGCCGAGGCGUCGCCGGAGCCGGGGCCGGGGCCUGCGGAGAGCGCGCCCCGGACGCUGCCGCCGCUGCCGCCCGGCCCCACGGCGGCCCGGCCCCCGGGCAGCGUCGCGGCCGGCGCCAACGGCAGCAGCCCCGUCGAGGAGGGCGCCCUGGGAGGCGGCCUGGCCGUCAGCCCCAACCCCGCCGACAAGCCCAUGACCCAGCGCGCCCUGACGGUGCUCAUGGUGGUGAGCGGCGCCGUGCUCGUGUACUUCGUGGUCAGGACCGUCAGAAUGCGAAGAAGAAACCGAAAGACUAGGAGAUACGGGGUUUUGGACACCAACAUAGAAAACAUGGAACUUACACCUUUGGAACAAGAUGAUGAUGAGGAAGAUAACACUCUGUUUGAUGCCAAUCAUCCUCGAAGAUAAGAAUGUGCCUUUUGAUGAGAGGAUUUCGUCUUUCUACAAUGAAGAGAAUUUCUAUGUUUAAGGAAUAAGAAGCCACUUUAUCAAGGGGGGGUAUUUAAGUUACAUAUAUUAUGAUAAUCUUUAAUUUCUUGUUGCAAAAAAAGUAUCUUUUUGUUAUGUUUGUAUGUAAAAAAGUUCUUAAUGGGCUUGGGAGUAAACUGUACUAUAAUAGAUAAAUGUUUGAGAAUUACUUUAACCGUCAUUUUUGAUCAGUUUUCAUUUCCUAUCAUUGUAAAUUGCGUUAUGUACUAAUCAGUUAGUAAUAAUUCUUUUGCUAGUAUUGUAUUUUAAAGAACAAAAAUAUAGCAACAACAAACUUGUAUAAAAUAAUUAAAAUUUUCUUUACCAAAAGUUUUUUCAUGCUUAUGGGAAAAAGAAGCCAAAUUUAUUACCUUGCAUUUGAGUUUUUUAAUAUAAGUAAAUGUGAGUUAUUGUGUGCAGAACAAUAAAUACGAUUUAAAAUCU